UGUAUACCUUUAUAAUAAAUUAUUAAUUAUCGAUUUACUACUUAUUUUCGGCUAAUAACGAGCAGAAUUAAAAGAUCUAUCCCAAUGGGGUUUUAUAUAUUUUGUAAUUCAAAUUAAAAAGACCUAGGUCGUCUUAGUUAUAAAUUUAUAAAGUUUAAAAAAUCAUAAUGUCGACGUUAUCCGACGAGCAGCGUAAAAUGAUCGAAGAGAAAAAAAAAGCUGCACAAGCCAAACUGGCGGCAAAAUUUGGUCAAAAGAGUUCCUUCCCUUCUCACAAUAUUACGCCACCAAAGGUUUUGAAUCCCAUAUCUCGGUCGCCACAACAAAAUAGAUUCAAUCGCUACACGCCGCUAACUGUUGGAGUUGUUGUAUCGCCGUCGCCAAGUGCCAAAGCUGUUCGUAUCAACUACAGUCUCAACAAUGAAAAAUCCAAACCUACUUCAUCUAAACCUGUUAAAGGUUCCUGUGAACUUAUUACUAAAGAUCGUUUUGUCGUACACGUUGGUUAUCAUCAACAACUCAUUGAAACAUUCAAGACCAUUCCUAGUAAAUCGUUUGAUCCAAAAACGUCUGAAUGGUCGUUCUUAGUUAGAGACCACGAUAUGGUGAUGAAUAGUAUCAAAAGUCUCGAACCAAAUGUCAAAAUAGAAAAGUUACCAUACUUCAUUUUAAAGAUGUGCAAAAAUGAUAAUAAAAGCUCUGAAACCGAUUUGUCUAAAAUGGAUUUAAGUCGUAUUAACAAAGAAAUGCUCGACAAUCUAUACCCAUUUCAAAAAUAUGGAAUUCAAUUUGGAGUGUCUAAAAACGGACGUUGUAUCAUUGCUGAUGAUAUGGGAUUAGGCAAAACCAUACAGGCAAUAGGUAUCGCCAUGUAUUAUACUUCUAACUUUCCUUUGCUCAUUGUGUGUCCUUCGAGCAUGAGGUAUACGUGGGAAGAAGAGAUUCGUACAAGAAUACCAAACAUACCGGUAACCAGUAUUUAUGUGUUGUCCAAAGCAUCAGAGUACGUUGUCGAUCCAGCGGUGGUGAUCACUUCCUACGAUUUGAUGACCAAAGCCAAAGAUAUGCUGUUAGAUCUAAAAUUCGGAAUCGUCAUACUAGACGAAAGCCACAGCUUAAAAAAUGAAAAGUCUGGCCGAACAAAAGCCUCGCUCGCUCUAGCCAUGCAAGCCAGUCGAUGUAUACUUUUAAGUGGUACGCCUGCAUUGUCUAGACCUAUGGAACUUUACACGCAGAUAAAAGCUGUAACACGUUCAGCAUUCAUGACUCCCAUCGAGUAUGGUAAACGUUAUUGUAACGGCCAAGAGGCAAAAUACGGUUGGGAUUUUAGCGGGGCGUCCAAUAUGAAAGAGUUAAAGGUUGUACUUGAGACGCAGUUCAUGGUACGACGUUUAAAGACUGAAGUUUUAAAACAGUUACCGCAGAAAGUCAGAAAUGUAGUGGUCCUUGAAGCGACCAACAUCAAAGCCCGCACCGAAGAUAUGAACACUUUGGAGGGUAUGCUAAACGAUAAAUCGUUAAGAAAAACGCAAGUGCGAGGUGCUCUGUUAGAAUACUUUAAUCACACUGGAGAUGCAAAAUUACCAGCCAUAUGUGCAUACAUUACUAAAUUGCUGAAAGAAGAUAAAAAGUUUAUUGUAUUUGCCCAUCAUCAAAAAGUCAUGGACGGUAUCAGUAAAGUUCUCGAAGAUAAUGCGACGUAUUAUAUUCGUAUUGACGGUAAAACGUCAUCGGAAGAACGAAAAUCUGUGUGCGAUCAAUUUCAAAACGAAGACAAGUUCAGAGUGGCUGUUCUUUCAAUAUGUGCCGCAAAUUCCGGCAUAACUUUGACGGCUGCAAAUCUUGUCGUGUUUGCAGAAUUGUUUUGGAAUCCCGGUAUUUUAACGCAAGCUGAAGACCGAGCGCAUCGUAUCGGUCAAGCUGAAACCGUGACUAUACAGUACUUGUUGGCCAAAGGAACGGCAGACGAUCAUUUGUGGCCGUUGAUCCAAUCCAAAUUAAACGUUCUCAACAAAGCCGGCCUUAGCAAAGACAAUUUCAAAGACGACAGCACUACAGUAAUUAAUACAGCUGCCAGAUCCGAUCAGAUGAGUAUUCUCGAUUUUUUCGAUGACGAUUCCGAAUUAAAUGUAGAUGACUUAAAGGAACUGGACGCUAUUGAAGAGUCCCAGUGUAAGAGGUUGAAGAGAUGCUGAAUGUGUUUUGCAUUAUUUUUUUUUUUUUUUUUGA